AUGUCAACGAUCGUUUUCUUUCUUCUUCAUUUACUUCUCAUUAAUUUUAAAAUUGUCACUGGACAAACUUAUAUUAAAGUAAUCGACGUCAGUGAUGAUCCAAAUUGUGCAAAAUGCGACAGUCGAGCAGUAUGCAUACGAUUAUCGAAUUCAACUGGUGUCAGCUGCGUUUGCCUUCCCGGCUUUGCAUUAUCACCGACCACAGGCCGUUGUAUUCUUCAAGAAAUACCGUUAAAUGGUAUAUGCGACAGUCGUUAUGAAUGUUUUAAUGGAGGUCAUUGUUCAAAUGUAACGAGUAAAUGUGAAUGUUUGUCAGGUUAUGGAGGUCUCAUGUGUGAAUUAGAUAUAAAUGAAUGUGCUAGUAAUGAACGUAUAUGUGGUUCAUCUACUUGUGUAAAUCUUCCAGGAGAUUAUAAAUGUGAUUGUGAUUUUUUUCAUUCGGGAAAACAAUGUCAAAAAGUUAGUGCUAUUGGUAUUUUUGUGGUGGUUAUUUCAUCAAUUGUAGUCAUAUUAAUUAUAAUUUUUCUUGUUUUAUUUGGUAUUCGAACAUUUAUUGCUUAUCGUUUAACAAAACGGACGUCAAGAGAAAAUGAACUUCAAUUACAAAAUCCAUGUCUGGCAACAUUAACAACCGGUGGUAUGAUGAUCGAUGAUCCAUUAUCAAAUGGUGCAUCAUAUAUUCGUCCGGUUGGCCAUCGAAUUUAUGUACCAAUGGAAACAAGUUUUAUUAAUGCAGCACGUUUACAAGCAAAUAUAAAUGAUGAUGAAAAGAGAGAGAUGCCACCACCAAAAUAUGUUACUAAUCUAGAUGAUUCAACAGAUAGUAACAUAUCAAAUUAA